AUGGUGAUGACAAGGUUUGCUUACUUGUUCUUGUUUGCCAUGCUCUUAAGCUUAAGCUAUGCAGCAAUAACACCAACAAGUUCUUUGUCAGUAGGACAAACUCUCAGCUCCCCUAAUGAGAUUUAUGAAUUGGGGUUCUUCAGUCCUAAUAACUCUCAGAAUCUCUAUGUCGGAAUCUGGUUCAAGGGUAUCACUCCCCGGGUGGUUUUGUGGGUGGCAAAUAGAGAAAACCCUGUUACAGACUCCACGGCAAAUCUAGCUAUCACCAGCAAUGGAACUCUUAUCUUAUUCAAUGGCCAACAUGACCCCCUCUGGUCUAUCGGAGAGACUUUUGCAUCUAAUGGGUCUCGUGCAGAGCUUUCAGACAUCGGAAAUCUUGUUGUCAUAGACAAAGUUUCAGGAAGAACUCUAUGGCAAAGCUUUGAGCAUCUUGGUGACACUAUGCUGCCUUUGUCAACUCUGAUUUACAAUCUCGCCACCGGUGAGAAGCGUGUGUUGACUUCUUGGAAAAGUGACACUGAUCCAUCGCCUGGAGACUUUGUGGUUCAGAUUUCACCGCAAGUGCCAUCACAGGCGUUUACUAUGAGAGACUCGACGCCUUACUGGAGAAGCGGUCCUUGGGCUAAAACAAGGUUCACUGGGAUACCGGAAAUGGAUGAAACAUACACAAGUCCGUUCAGCCUUCAGCAGGAUGCAAACGGGUCAGGAUCCUUCACUUUUCUUCACAGAAACUUCAAACUUCCUCGUAUAGUGAUAACAUCAGAGGGCUCACUGAAGAUUCCUCUGUAUAAUGGGACUGAAUGGGAGUUAUACUUUGAGGCUCCAGUGAACUUAUGUGAUCAUUACGGUGUAUGUGGACCUUUUGGGUUGUGUGUGAUGUCAAAAUGUAAAUGCUUCAAAGGGUUUAUACCAAAAUACAGUGAAGAGUGGAGAAGAGGAAACUGGACUGGUGGUUGUGUGAGACGCACGGAACUACUAUGUCAGGGAAACUCUACUAGCGAAGAUGCAAACGUCUUCCAUGCUGUUGCCAACGUAAAGCCUCCAGACUUUUACGAGUUUGCAGCAACUUCUGAGACUGCUGAAGAUUGCUACCAAAGUUGCGUUCACAAUUGUUCUUGCUUGGCCUUUGCUUAUAUUCAUGGAAUAGGGUGUUUAGUGUGGAACCAGGAGCUGAUGGAUGCUGUGCAGUUUUCUGCAAGAGGAGAACUUAUUUCCAUCCGUCUUGCUCGCUCUGAAAUGGUUUGGUGGAAAAAGCGCAACAAGACCAUUGCUGCUAGUGUUGUCAGCCUUUCCCUUUUUGUGAUUUUGGGGUCUGCUGGGUUUUGUUUCUGGAGAUACAGAGUCAAACAUAAUGCCAAUAUAUCAAAGGAUGCUUCACAAGAUGCAUGGAGAAAUGAUCUUACACCGCAAGAUUUCUCAAGUUUAUGUUUCUUUGAGAUGAAUACUAUUGAAACUGCCACAAAUUAUUUCAGUCACUCAAAUAAACUCGGACAAGGUGGAUUUGGUUCUGUUUUUAAGCUCGGACAGGGGAAAGAGGAGUUCAUGAAUGAGAUAGUACUCAUCUCAAAACUCCAACACAGAAACUUAGUCCUUUUGGGAUGUUGCAUUGAAGGAGAAGAGAGGCUAUUGGUUUAUGAGUUUAUGGUUAACAAAAGCCUUGAUACAUUUCUCUUUGAUUCAAGAAAAAGGCUUGAGCUUGAUUGGCCAAAGAGAUUUGAUAUCAUUCAAGGUAUUGCACGUGGACUUCUCUAUCUCCACCGUGACUCACGCCUCAAGGUCAUUCACCGAGAUCUCAAGGUCAGCAAUAUUCUUCUGGAUGAGAACAUGAACCCGAAAAUAUCAGAUUUUGGAUUGGCUCGGAUGUUUCAGGGAACUCAAAAUCAGGACAACACUCAAGGGUUUGGAUAUAUGUCUCCUGAGUAUGCAUGGACUGGGAUGUUCUCUGAGAAAUCAGACAUCUACAGCUUCGGAGUUCUUCUCUUAGAAAUCAUCAGUGGAGAGAAGAUCUCAAGAUUCAGAUAUAAUGAAGAGUGUAAAACCCUUCUUGCAUAUGCAUGGGAAUCUUGGUGUGAAACUGGAGGAGUUGAUUUUCUGGAACAAGAUGUUGCUGAUUCUUAUUACUCAUUACAAGUUGGGAGAUGUGUUCAGAUUGGUCUGCUUUGUGUUCAACACCAACCUGUAGACAGACCCAACACGCUUGAGCUACUGUCUAUGCUCACCACACAACAACAGAUCUUCCAUCACCAAACAACCCACAUUUGUAGUGCACACUAG